AUGGCGUCGGUCGUGAAGAGGGGCCUGAGGGAAAAGGCGCCGGCGGUCAUCAGAUCGGCGCCCAUGCCCAAGGAGCGGGAGAAGGCCAAGCCUGCGCCUAAGCUGCGGGCCCCCAAAACCUCGGCAGUCGUGGUGACUCUACACCCCACGGCUGUGGAGAAGGGGGUUACGUACGCCAAAGUGCUGGCUGAGGCGAGACAAAGGGUGAACCUCAAAGACCUGGAGAUCGAGAGCGUCCGCUUCAGGCGCGCAGCGACUGGGGCCUCAAUUAUUGAGGUCUCCGGUGCCGAUAACGCGCCAAAGGCGGACCUCCUCGCCGACAGGCUCCGCGAGGUUUUCGGGAACGGCGGCGAUGUCACCGUCUCCCGACCAACAAAAACGGCGGAACUGUUGGUGGCGGGGUUGGAUGACUCCGUCACCAAAGAAGAAGUGGCAGAAGCGGUCGGUGCCAAAGGUGGUUGCGCGGUAGACCGCGUAAAGGUGGGACCGCUCCGGCAAGAGAGGUCCGGCCUCUUCGCGGUCUGGGUGGCAUGCCCUGUCGAAGCUGCCAAAAGGGUAGUUGAGGGCAAGCUGCUCGUAGGCUGGGUAUCGGCCAGAGUGAAGCUCCUUGAACGCAGGGAGCUUAGGUGCUUCAAGUGCCUUCACUCUGGCCACGUCAAGGCGCGGUGUACUGCGGUGGUCGACCGGGGGCUUCAGUGCUACCGGUGCGGCCAGAUGGGACACCGCGCCGCUGACUGUAAUGCUGCCCCUCACUGCACACUCUGUGCGGAGGCUGGGAAGGCAGCAAGCCAUCGCUUGGGGAGCAAGUCAUGCUCGGCCCCCAAGAAAAGGAUGGUCAGGAGGGUGUUUGUUGCGAGCAGCGCCGGCCCGCAACAGGCACAAACACCACCGAGCGGUGUAGAAGCGAUGGAGACGGAGAAUUUAACAACACACAAUGACGAGUAG